AUGGCCACCUUGCUUGCCCUCGCAUGCCUGGCCCUUGCCACGAAUGUCUAUGCCAUCUACCCUGAUUGCGCCAAUGGGCCGCUAGCGUACAAUACAAUCUGCGACUCCUCGGCGACGCCAGUGGACCGUGCAACUGCUUUGGUCGGUCUCUUCACUCUCGAAGAGAAAAUCAACAACACCGGAAACACCGCCCCCGGCGUACCCCGUCUUGGGCUUCCUGCAUACCAAUGGUGGCAAGAAGCCUUGCAUGGCGUCGCUGAAUCUCCCGGUGUCAACUUCUCUGGGUCUGGGGAGUUCAGCUAUGCGACAUCCUUCCCUCAGCCCAUCCUCAUGGGUGCUGCGUUUGACGAUGCUUUGAUCAACGCUGUUGCAACGGUAGUCAGUACGGAAGGACGUGCAUUCGCCAACAACAAUCAUUCUGGGUUUGACUUCUGGACGCCGAACAUUAACCCAUUCAAGGACCCUCGUUGGGGCCGAGGUAUAUUAUUAUGUCAGGAGACCCCCGGGGAGGAUCCCUUCCACCUGCAAUCAUACGUGUACAACCUCAUCACCGGUCUACAAGGUGGCUUGGACCCUGAGUUCAAGCGCGUGGUCGCAACAUGCAAACACUAUGCCGCGUAUGACCUGGAGAAUUGGAUGGGCAACGUGCGCUACGGCUUCGACGCGCUCGUCUCGGUGCAAGACCUCUCCGAGUUCUACACACGCUCAUUCCAGACUUGCGCACGUGAUGCGAACGUCGGCGCGUUUAUGUGUUCCUAUAACGCGGUCAACGGCGUGCCGUCCUGCGCCAACUCGUAUUUGCUCCAGGACAUCCUUCGCGGGCACUGGAACUGGACGAACGAGGACCAGUGGGUCACCUCCGAUUGCGAUGCCAUCCAAAACAUCUAUGAGCCGCACUACUACGCGCCGACUCGUGCGCAGACCGUCGCGGACGCGCUGAACGCGGGCACGGAUCUUGACUGUGGGACGUACUAUCCCGACUUCCUCGGCGCAGCCUACAACGAGAGCCUAAUUAAUGUCACGACGCUCGACACGUCGCUCAUCCGCCUGUACGCGUCCCUCGUGAAGCUCGGGUACUUCGAUCCAAUUGAAGACCAGCCCUACGGCCAGCUCGGAUGGGCUAACGUUAGCACUCCAGAGGCCGAGCAGCUCGCGUACACCGCCGCCGUCGAGGGUAUCACGCUGCUGAAGAACGAUGGCACACUGCCGCUCUCGAAGGAAAUCAAGUCUAUCGCGCUCAUCGGCCCGUGGGCGAAUGCGACGACGCAGAUGCAGGGCAACUAUUACGGUGUCGCACCAUACCUCAUCAGUCCGCUCAUGGCGGCUGAGGCACUGAACUACACUGUGUAUUACUCGGCAGGCCCUGGCAUCAACGAUCCCACCACGCCAUCGUACCCCGCGGCCUUCGAGGUCGCGUCCCAGGCAGAUGCUAUAAUCUAUGCUGGUGGCAUCGACACCACGAUCGAAGCUGAGGCCAUGGACCGCUACACGCUCGACUGGCCGGGUGUGCAACCCGACUUCGUUGAUCUCCUCUCGCAACUCGGCAAACCGCUGGUUAUCCUCCAGAUGGGCGGCGGGCAGAUCGACGACUCAUGCUUCGUCCCAAACCCGAACGUGAACGCGAUCAUAUGGGGUGGUUACCCUGGACAAUCCGGCGGAGCUGCGCUCAUGGAUAUCAUUGUCGGGAAUGCCGCGCCCGCAGGUCGCCUCCCAAUCACGCAGUACCCGAUCGACUACGUCAACCAGGUCCCGAUGACAGACAUGUCGCUCCGCCCGAGCGCGACCAACCCCGGCCGCACGUACAUGUGGUACACAGGCACGCCUAUCUUCGAGUUCGGGUACGGGCUGCACUACACGAACUUCGCUGCGGCUCUGAGCGCGCCCUCCGCGUCGAGCUAUGACAUACAGAGCCUCGUCGGCGCGUGCUCGGGCGUGGCGUACCUUGACCUAUGCCCCUUCGAAUCGUACACGGUCAACGUGACGAACACCGGGAGCACGUACACGUCCGACUACGUCUCCCUGCUCUUCGUGGCGGGUGUGCACGGCCCCGCGCCGUACCCGAACAAGGUCCUUGUUGCGUACGACCGCCUGCACGGCGUCGAGCCGCUGUCAAGCCAGACAACGACGCUCAACCUGACGCUCGGGUCACUCGCGCGCAGAGACGAGUACGGAAACACGAUUCUGUACCCGGGGGACUACACGCUGCUCCUCGAUGUUGAACCCCUGAGCACGCAGACCUUCACCCUCACGGGUGAUCCCGCGGUCCUGGACUACUGGCCCCAGCCUUGA